CUGUGGGCGCCCUUCGCCAAAAAGUACACCGUGCACGAGGAGACGUACCUGCUGACCCGGAUAAUGUUGGCAGCCGGGAUGAAGCCGUACCAUGAACUCGGUUUGGAGAAAGCGAGACAGCAAUCCAUUGAGAGGACCAAGGUCGCAACUGGCUUCAUUGACUACAGCGGUGAUGAGUGGGAGGUAAUUGUGCCGUCGCCUUACUCAAAAGACGGAAUUCCUGUAACGGUGUUUAAACCUUCCUCGGCACCGGAAGUUCCCGCCAUAUUGGUAAUUUUUCCACGGUGGCGGUCUCCUCUUGGGGAAUCGCAAACAGAACGAGGGGGCCAACAAGAUUAUUGCAAGGGAUUCCGGGCCAUCGUCCUGAACGUUGAAUACCGGUUGUUACCGGACCCAGUAUUCCCUUUCGCCCCUUUUGACGACGGGGUCGUCGUCACCAAAUGGGUUUUAGAAAACAAGGAAGCAGUCGGUGGUAAACCAAGAAGCAAGGUCGGCAUCGGGGUUGACAGCGCUGGCGGUCAACUCUCUGCAAGUGUGACCAAUGACGUACUCGGGUUGGACUUCCAGGUUCUCGUCUACCCCAUGACGGACACGACUUUGUCCAGUCCAUCUUUUAAAGAGUUCGAAAAAUCCCCGAUUCUGGGUGAAGGCGACAUCAAAUGGGCUUUAGACCUCACUGUGGGGAACAUCCCCGACUACAGCACCAAUCCAAGGGCCAACCUCAUGAAGCGUACCAACACCAGGGACUCUCCGCCAGCCCUCGUCAUCCUUUCGGAACUUGAUCCUUUCAGGGACUGUGGGCUCGAGUACGCUGACAAGCUGAGAACCGCCGGGGUGACCGUCCAGUGCGAGGUCAUCAAGGGCGUCCCCCACGCCUUUUUCAUCUUGCGGACGUGUUCAAGACGAUAUGCCCUGAAGCAUACGACCUGGUCGUCAGGUUUCUGAAGAAUUUCCAG